CUCUCUCUCUCUCUCUCUCUCCCUCAACCUAUUGCCUCUCACCUUCCCUCCGACAUCUACCAUGGCGAACCCUGUUGUGUUCUUCGACAUCACCAUCGGCGGGCAGGCCGCAGGACGCAUCGAGAUGACGCUCCGCGCGGACGUGGUGCCGCGAACGGCGGAGAACUUCCGAUGCCUCUGCACCGGGGAGAAGGGCACCGGCAGGUCUGGGAAACCCCUGCACUUCAAGGGCUCCACCUUCCACCGCGUGAUCAAAGACUUCAUGUGCCAGGGCGGCGACUUCACCCGCGGAAACGGAACCGGCGGCGAGUCUAUCUACGGCGAGAAGUUCGCUGACGAGAACUUCCAGCUCAAGCACACCGAGCCUGGCGUGCUCUCGAUGGCAAACGCCGGAGCCAACACGAACGGCUCCCAGUUCUUCCUGUGCACCGUGGUGACCUCCUGGUUGGACGGCAAGCACGUGGUCUUUGGAAAGGUGACCAAGGGCAUGGAUGUGGUGAAGGCGGUCGAGGCCGUGGGCUCUUCCAGCGGGAAGACCAGCUCUCCUGUCGUGAUCGCCGACUGCGGCCAGAUCUCCUAGGUUAGGUUGACCGCUCCUAACCUACCUGGUGUAAAGGUCUAGGCCCUCGGCAGGACGAAAGAAUGAACAACAGCAACCGGCGGCAGGACAAACGCAGUGACAAGUAGCAGUAGUUCUGCGUUUUGUCCUCGUCUCUUCGGUUCUUUCUGUUGUCCAAUCCCGGCAUCUGUCGCUGUCAUUCAUGUGAAGUGUACAAGUGGUGAGGGUAGGGAUGUGCGCACGAAAGGCCUGUAGCCUACGGUACGUGGCGUUUCCUCCUUGUUCGCUUUUCUCCGGCAAGGAAGAAUCUUUGGCGAAAUGCAGCCGACCAAGUUUCGAGAGCCAUGCUUUUUUCUGGAACAGAUUUCAAGAGGUGGUCUUGCUUCGGAAAAGCGGGGGGGACGUCGUUUCGCUGCAGGGCGUCGUGGGUAAAAGGUACAUGCGCAGUCGAUCAACGACUCCUGUAAGUGAAAUUUUAUUCGGGCGGGUUCGAAGGGUACAGGUGGUGGCAUGAGAGAGAGAAAGAGGUAAAUACGCGGAACAUAGUUAUUUAGCCACGGGUGGGGUGGGAGUGCAAGCUUGUCGGAAUUAGGGGGCAACUUGUGGAGGAUAAUACUAGAAGCGAGGUAUGGGGCAAAAACCGCGUCCGCAAACUUGCGAUUUCUCUCUGGGACUUGCCGGUGUAGACUGCUCUCUCGCUCGCGGUGCCUGUUGUGGUCGUGUACGCUACGUACAACCUCGGGAGUAUUUUCAGGAACGGAGGUUUUGGGCUGCAAGUAUCCCCUCUGUAAACGAGGGGCGGGAAAUCACACCGCCGCUGUGCCCGGAACGGGGGGGGCGGUACCAAGAAAUCACGUCAGCGUUGUUGCUUUGGAAUCCUUGCCCCGGUUUUGGGUUUUACCCAAAAUUGCUCGCUAUUUGGUGCAGGAACACGCGGAGAUGUUGAAUGACCCCUUGUAGAUGGGAUUUCGUUGGUGUUUAACAAGGCUUUGGUUGUGUCGUCGGGCACUCUCCCCGUACGAAUGCACGGAGGAACGAAAUGGUAAACCGAUUUCUGGAGUCUGGAGAAUAGAAUGCAACUUGAGGUGGUCAUGAGGACCACACAACGUUGAGCGGAACAACACCACGGACAACCCUGACACGCGAAACUGAAUUGUUGGUCGAAGUUGAUCGCUCCGAUGAGGUGAAGUGGGUAGGCGCACUUUUGGCGUCGACGUCUCGAAAGACCGCCCUGGAAGGGACACACUCGAUAGGUGCGACCUGAGUCCCCUUGCCCGCGAGGAAGUUGGAAUCAGUUUCUACUUGUACGAACGGCGCGCGGCGGAACAAAAUUAAUGGAUC